AUGCUUUGUUGGCGGACCUUGAGUCCACAACAUCCCACAUUUCCAAGCGCCCGCUCUUCCUGUCUGACGAGACCGCCUACUCCUUCCCUGUUGGGGGUCAGAUCCAGCAGGACAUCUGCUCUCCACCCCAUGUGCCACCCACUCCCUCUGAGCAAAACGGACUAGAUGAAACAGAGUCUUUCAGCUCAGCUCAGAGAAGUCCCUGGUCCAGAGACAGCAGCAGUCCAACCCAACCCAUAGGUGAAGAGGACCACGUAUACAGUUUCCCUAAUAAGCAGAAGAGUAGUGAGUCAUCAGCUGUUGCCAUGAACUCCUUGGGCAGCAACCUGUCUGAGCUGGACCGCCUGCUGCUGGAGCUCAACGCUGUCCAGCAAAGCACCCCUGCCUUCGCCACAGAAGAAGAAGCAGCUCCCCCACUGCCUGCCAGCAGUGUCAUCCACCAUAUCCAGGAGAAUGGAGUCUCUACUGCAGGCAAGGUUGCUCCACCCACAAUGGAGAAGCCCAAACGCAGUACAGCAGCUCGAGGAAUAGAGGAUGUACGACCAAGUGUAGAGAGCCUUCUGGAUGAGCUGGAAAGUUCUGUGCCCUCACCCAUUCCCACACCGCUGGUUGUGUCAGACGAACAAACAGGUGGACUAGAGGAAACCCCAGCACAGCAGCAAGCCAGAAUGUCUGCCUCCUCUGCCACACGGGAGCUGGAUGAGCUAAUGGCCUCCCUGUCUGACUUCAAAGUCCAAAGCAACUCUGGCUCUCAGUUGUCUGUGAAUCAAGAGGCAGUAGACCCUUCAUUGGUAGCUGGUUCAGAAGUUGUCCAAGCAGUGGCCGCCCCAUCUAUAAAUCCUAAUAUUGGUUCCAUGGAUACUCUUUUACCUUCUAGUUACACUACUCCCUCCUGUACCCCUCUUCCACUGGAACUACAUAUAGAUGAAGAUGGUUGCUCAGCCCCUACAUCUCCAGCAGGUUCCACUGUACUGAUUGCAUCGUCCAAGAGCCUUCAGUACUCCCAGAUCCAACAGAUGGAUAAUGCCAGCAGUGUAACCUCUGAGAUUUCUCAUGUGGAGAGCCUCAGUAUCUCUAGUACCAUAAAGCCUCCUAGUCAAAAUGAAGCCAUCAGCCCUACACAUAUGUCAGUCACUAAAGUCUCUACUAGUAAAGUCUCAAGUCCAUUUGGAAAGAGAUUAAGUCCACUUACUGUUGGCAGAAGUUCUAGUCCAGUAACUGCUGCCAGGAGCUUUAGUCCAGUAGUCGUUUGCAAGAGCCCUAGUCCUGUUACUGUGUCUAUUAACCCUAAUCCCAUUCUUAGAGCCAAGAGCCCUAGUCCACCUGAUCUUAAAGGCUUCAAUCUAAAUCAGCCUUACAAGAGUCCAAGCCCAAUCCCUAAAAGCUACAGUCCACUUCCUAUUAGUCAUAGUCCAGAGGCGAAGACUGCUAGUCCAGUCACAGUUCCUAGGCUUUUAAGUCCAGUUCCAAAAAGUGCAAGUCCUGUGACAGUCCCUAAUAUCACUUGUCCCGUAACCAUCCCAAAGAGUGCUAGUCCAGAAACAGUUCCCAAAAGUGCUAGUCCAGUGUCAAUUCCAAGACUUUCAAGUCCAGUUCCAAAGAUUGCAAGUCCUGUGACAGUACCUAAUAUCUCUAGUUCAGCAAGUGUACCCAAGAGUUUAAGUCCUGAAACAUUGCCAAAGAAUGAUUGCUCAGUAAUACUCCCAAGGCGUUCAAGUCCAGUAACAAUUCCCAAGAGUGAAACUGCAGUUCUUAAGAGUCCUGCUUUAGUCGCCAGAAAAACUUACACAGUUCCAGGCACCAGCAGUCCCAGAGCUUCACCGGUUCAGCUUGCUGCUAUACCAUCAAAUAGCCUUCCCCUGGGUCUAGGAAGGUCUAGGUCUUCCCCUACAGAAAAGCAGGGAGGUGAAAUACUGGAUUUAACAUGGCCAUGCCGGGAGCCUUUACUGGAUGAUGCUUUAGACAAACUCUACUCCACCCAACCGAAUGAGAACCAGCAACUUGCCUUUGUUAUGCUUGGAGAUGAAGAUAGAUCUUGGGAGGAGGAGGAUGGAAUUUACCCUGAUCUCAGUCGAGAGGGAACCCUGACACCCAUGACUGAGUCCAGCUGGAUGGAUGAGUGUUUCACCCCCUCCACCUGCCCCGGGACACCAGAUGCAACGCUGGAGCUGCCCACACAGCAACCCUCUGCUGUUGAGCGACUAUCUGCUUCUGGCCAACUCAAGUCGGUUAUCCGGCGCACCAAAGAGACCUCCAAUGUGCAUCCAAUGUUCAGGGAGGGAAUGUUGCGGCGUAAAAUGGGACCGAUCAUUGUGAAUAAGAGCAACUCGCAAGACCGACUCAUUGAAGAGCUGCAGGGGAAACUGGGAAUUGGGCGAGCGGAGCGCAGGCGUAAACAGCCAGAUGAUUGGCUGACAGAAGGAGUCAUCGUUAUGUCCAACCCACAGCGAACACGGGAAGAAGGGGCCCAUCCAUGUGUGGAUAAGAUCCAGUCCCAGGGAAAGACUUCUCCCACCGGUCCCCCCAAACCAGCCAACAAGCUGGACAACAUGCUGGGAAGCCUCCAGUCCGACCUCAACAGACUCGGAGUCCAGACGGUGGCUAAAGGUGUCUGUGGAGCCUGCAAGAAACCCAUUGUUGGGCAGGUGGUGACUGCCAUGGGCAGAACGUGGCACCCCGAGCACUUUGUGUGCACCCACUGCCAGGAGGAGAUAGGCUCCAGGAACUUCUUUGAGCGUGAGGGGCAGCCUUACUGUGAGAAAGACUACCACAACCUGUUCUCACCACGAUGCCACUACUGUAAUGGACCCAUACUGGAUAAAGUAGUGACUGCUUUGGACAAGACCUGGCAUCCAGAGCACUUCUUCUGUGCCCAGUGUGGAGCCUUUUUCGGACCAGAAGGGUUCCAUGAGAAGGAUGGAAAGGCGUUCUGCAGAAAGGACUACUUUGACAUGUUUGCGCCUAAAUGUGGUGGCUGUGCCCGUGCCAUCCUGGAGAACUACAUCUCUGCUCUGAACUCACUCUGGCACCCCGAAUGCUUCGUCUGCAGGGAGUGCUUCACGCCAUUCGUAAACGGCAGCUUCUUUGACCACGAGGGCCAGCCGUACUGCGAGGCGCACUACCACGAGCGGCGUGGCUCGCUGUGCUCUGGCUGCCAGAAGCCCAUCACCGGCCGCUGCAUCACAGCCAUGGGCAAGAAGUUCCACCCAGAGCACUUAGUGUGUGCUUUCUGCCUCAAGCAGCUGAACAAAGGCACCUUCAAGGAGCAGAAUGACAAGCCCUACUGCCAAGGAUGCUUUGUUAAACUCUUUAGUUAGACUGUGUUUUUGUGUAUAAAUGUGUGUGUGUCCGCGCAUCUACACAUUUAUUUACAUGUCUGAAUGCACACAUGGAUGUGUGUGCACUCACAUGUCUCAGCAUGUAUGAGUCACUGAAGUGGUUUUUGAAAGUGAGGGCGUUGAUGGGCUAGUGGAUCACAUCAUAAGGGUGAGAAAUUACGAUACUAUUGAUAUUUGACAGUGAAGGGACUUCCCUGGCUCUCCAACCUCUCAGGCUUGGCAUUUCACACUUUUGCUAAAGACAUUUUAACAAAGCCCAAAGAGAUUUUUAGUUUAAGUUUUCCUGUGUGCAGCAACGAAAAUAACGUUAAUGUUCCCAUGUGCGUGUGUACAUAUACUAGCAUAUGAGGGUCGAAUUAAGAGCCCUGAUUUGUAAAUGAUAUUAUCCCCCCAUUGCAGGGCAAGACCUUGCACCAUAUGGUGGUUUUAGGCAGAUAUGAGACUGCUGCUUGAUUGCAUGGACCAUGGAGAGUUGAAUUAAGCAUUUUUGAAAUGUGUUGAGUGUUACUCAGUGAUUGGCCAAUGAGAGUGGGAAUAAUCUAUGAAAAAGAUGUAUUUUUCUAGCUUUGGAAACUAUUGCUGUGCCAUUUAAAAUAACUGUGAAAACACAGACACACACAGAACCCUUCCUUCCUCUUCAUUUCUUUUAAAUACCAGUUCAGAGUCUUUGCACACUCCAACCACUCAGAUCUCUUGACGAGACCGUCUUAAGGUGCAUUUUACAGGUGUCGGCAAGAUACUAGCCAGUCCUUAUUUUUCUACUGUUUUACUAUGAAAAUGUACCCAGAUGUUUGCUCCGUUUCAGCAUACAUUACAUUCACAUUUGUGCUCUUGUUAACAUCAUUGUUUCCCAUUGGCAGUGACGUCAAUCAUCGGAAAAUAACCACAUUGAACUUUUUUUUCCCUCUGUAGCAACUUGGAUCUUCCCUGCUGCAAAGUGUUUGUGUCAUUUACAAUAAUAAUGUUCAAAUAAAAGGAAACGUUUGCGACUCACGCUGACAAGAAUUAGGUCAAUAAGAAUAAUAUUUGUACUAUGGUUGUUAAUGUUGAACUUAUGGUGCAAUUUAAGCUAAAACAAAGUUUGUCUUUACUCCAGUUUAAAAGUUGAGAUUUCACUGCUGUAUGUUCCCACACAGAUAUCACACACAAUAAUCAUUCAAUUCAAUGCUCCAGUUCAGCCUUUUUUUUCCCUUAUAUUUUAUUAGCGCUACUGUUCAGUGUAUUAAAAUCUAUUAGUAAGGCUGUUUCAAAAUUUAAAAUAUGGUUGUGCAUUUGGAUUAGAAGCAUGCUUUCUUUUAUCUAUAUAGCUGUUUUCUCAGCACUCGCUGCCAGUUGCUGUUACAAUCAGGAUCCAAAUUUCUAUACCUGUAAUGUGCUCGACUUUGUGACAGAACUGUGUCCUGUCAGUUUUAAUGAAAAUACAUAUAUUUUUGAGCUGUUUGGGCUCACACUGAUAUGCAAAGAGCUGGCUCUAUUGGCAUGUAAGCUAACAAUAGUUUACCCUGUUCUCACACACACACACACAACACCUACCAGCUUGGAUUCCAGUGUGUCAGGAAACGCAGCCCUUUUUGUUUUUAUUAUGAGUCGCGAGCUAUGAUCCUGCUGUCUGAGUCGAUAUCAGCGCUUGGUUCACUGAUGGAAGCUGGAUGUCAGUGUUCAGGUCAGGAAUCAGGAUACAACACCGAGCCAGGGCCAAGGCUUUAGCAAAAUCUACGUAAUGACUCAUUUCAUUAUUUUACUUGCAGCUGUUUUGCAGCAUACAUAGACAAUGUGUGAUUAUUUUUUUGUUGUUGUUGUUUGACAAUGUUGCUUGUCUUUAAUUUUGAUCACUAGGUGUGCGAGGAGUGAAUACACAGUAUACACAUUCAGAUAGUUUUUACUUUGAGAAGAUGUUUGCUCUUGUGCCAAAUGUGUCAAUGCAAUAAGGUCUUAUACACUGUGGAGUUCUCAACCUAUCCUGUGAUUUGAUUCUUUAUGGGCUGAGGCUCUGUAUGGGAGAGGCUUCAUCUGCUGUGGUGCAUCCUAACUCCGAACACCCAAAAGUUUACACUGUAUUAGACAAGCCUUCUGUACUGAGUCAUUCAGCAGACCGUAUAGUGUACACUUGUAGCUGAUUCAGAUUUACAGGAAGUAGCAGGGGAAAAUGAACAGGAAUUGAGUUGCUUUUGCCCCGUGUAUAUUUAUCAGCUUAUAGUUUUUGCUUCUGUCAAAGAAUUCAUGAAAGAAAUCAAAGCCUUUUACUGUUAAUGAGAUUAAGUGAACUUUGCUUUAUAAAUGAGACCUUCAUGUGAUCUUUUACCAUUUGAAUUUUCUUUUGAGUCACAACUUUUCUUUGUUUGGGUGGGGUGUAAGCCUAUGUGGGUCCUGAUUAAUGACUGAUUAUUGUAACUGCUGCAAAUAAAAUAAGUACUUUAUUUCUGGCA